AUGCAAAUCGCUGAGAUCAUAUUGCCUGUUGAGAGUAGUGCCGGUGUAUUUGCAAUGUUUCUUAUAGAGUUACGUCAUUCCAUCGCAGAAACUAUUUUGCCUACUUUCGACUUAAAACCUGAGCAAGAUGAGAACAACUCAAGUAAGAUUGUUGAUCGGUUCACGUUGAGACCAUUCAAUCAAGUCUUGAGAGUUUCGAGCGACUUAUUUUCAAAAAAGUCGCUACUACUGAAUGAUUCGAUGCAGAAGAUUGAGGGUCUGCCACCUCCAAAUGAGCGUGAAAUGUCGCUGAAAGAGUUACUAGUUUGUUACAAUCCGCGAAAAUUCUCGCUCACUCGUGCUUUUGGUGGCAUGAACGCUGCUAUAGAUACAGAGGAAACAUUUGCCAGUACAGCAGAACUCAUCCAAACGAGCCGAGCUGAUAAAUAUGUUGAUGACAUGGAGGUUGCUCGGCAGGUGCAUCUGGAGCUUGUGGGGAAAAUUGGUAUCGGAGCAACUCCUGCUUGGAGUCAAAAGCUUCACCGUGAAAAAAAAACAGUCUGGAAUUAUGAAGAUGCAGUUAUUGAUACGCUCAUUGACUUUCCUGCCUUAAAAGUUGCAGUUGUCGGGCCACCUGGAUGUGGCAAAACUCGAUUAGCUCGUAUACUCGCACAACGACUUGGAUUGAGAUAUUUGUCACAAGACGAAGUGGUCCAACAAGCUUUUCAUCGUAGAUGCCGCCUUCGCUGGCAAGAAGACACCGCUGAUAUACCUGCAAAAAGAGAAGAAACAAGAUCAUUAACUCAGGAAACUACAGAAGGACGCGCAGAGAUCAUCGAUGUGAAUAACGAAACGGAUCGAGUUUUUCGAGAUGAAGAUUUUAAUGCACUUUGUAAAGGACAAACAGUACCUCGUAGCUCGUCGCUCGCCCUUCUGCGUAUCGAAUUUAAGCGUUCAAUACUUGCCGGCGUUGGGGUAGUACUGGAUGAUGUAUAUCCAAGCGAGCUUGCAGCUGUAGACGAAUAUGAUUCUACUUUCACUGCCGAUUAUUUAGUAGCUCUCACUGCAUCCCCUAGCGAAGUGGAAUAUCAACUUCACACUUCUGAGUUGGCACCUAUAUCGGGCCGUCUAUACUCAGCUCGGGAGCUAGCGGUUUUAAGGGCGACAAGUAGUGACGUGCUACUCACCCAGAGUUUUGCUGAUUCUCACGGGCUACCAGAAAAGUUGAAGGUAGGAGCUGGAGAAAUCGACAGUUUAAUUGCAAGAGACAAUAAGGGCAAUAAAGUCGAUGUCCUUACAGAGGAGAACGAUCAAUCAGUUAAUUUUGAUUCACCACAACAAACGGUGCUACCGCCGGAUCUAAAUUUUGAAAUCGGCAACGAUAUUGAGCUAUCGAAUGAGCAUACGUUGCCCUUUGGCACUUUAAAAAUGGUGAAAGUUGGGCUGGGAUAUCACAAGUACCUGAAACGUAUUCAGCGUGAGCUCUCAAUACGCCGAGCAGAAACGACAAAAAGUAUUGGGUCGAUCUGUCAUUUGGUGGUUAUUCUAGCGAAUCAAUCGUUUGGCGUCAUCCAACACCAUUCCAUUCAAGCAAUCACGGGGUCACUGCUUGGUUUAUCGCGCUUCAGUACGUCACGUGAAGCCUGCUCUGUGGCUUUACCCGAGGAAAUAAAACGUUCUAGCCGCAAUGAACAAGUCAAGUGGCUUUUAUAUGGAGACUGGAAUCCGCUUAUUGCGGCAGAAGCUGCUAACUCUUUUGCUCGAUUACCAAGACGUGAUGCCCAUCGCCGACUGCUAUCGAAAUGGCGUGAAUUUUGUCCCGUGCUAUCGACUUUGACCAACAAGCUAUCUCAUGGUGAGCCUGAAUUCGCUGCAUGUUACUCCGGUCGUGUUUAUCUUUUGUCGUCACAAGACGCACGGCGUGAUUUUUGUGCAUGCCCACUGCAGUAUUUGAGUCAGGAUGUACCAGUUCCAUCCACAGUUCGCAACAUGUGGCUCAUAACGACAGAAAACGUUAAAUCAUCGUACACUGAGAAACUUGGGGCUGGACUUCAUGCACAGACAGUGUCUCCUUUAAAUUUGCUUGAGAUUUCAUCGGCUCCAAUGGACACGCGUCUCACGUGUGGACAGAUCGUUCCGUCCAUUGAAGCUGCGGCGGUAGCCGCAAAAGCCGUCAAGACAUUGGUAGCCGCAUCUAAUACAUCGAACAGAUGGAUGCUUACGGAUCUGCCAUUAACUCGUGAUAUUGCUACUAUUUUGCUUGAACAUGAUGUCGUGCCCGAUGUGAUCUUGACGUUGGACAAGGACAUGGCUAUAGCUCAAGAAGAUGAUGUAGGCAGAAACACUCAACCAAAUGAAGGCUUGGUAGUGCCACGUCGUCACCAAAUACAGACUGAUAUGGCUUCUACUGACGAAAUCUUGCAAGUUUUCGACUUUAAGCCUAUAUCUAUCACGUGCCCUCUGUUUCGUAAGCCGAGUGAUACGUUAGUGGCCAUUGAUCGUGAGCUAAAUCCACUGGCACCGCGCUUGGAUAGAAUUAAAGACGGCCAUAUGCCCGAACUUGUUGAUGGGUACGAUCCGGCCACGAUAUUUGCGUCACCAUUCUCAGAAAGCGAUGACGACAAGAACAUUGAAAAUGCGUCGGAAGUCGAAACCUUACAAUUGCAGAUUAAAGCUUAUGCUAAAACUGUUACGCUGCAGCUUCAGGGAGAGUGUGGUCGUUUUUGUCCAGUGUCUUGGAAUACACGUAAUUUGUUGAUACCUGGACUACCAUCAACUAUUUGCUGCUUUCGACAAAAAUUUUACACAUUUGCUGGUGACACUGAGCGCCGUGCUUUCGAGCGAAACCCAUCAGCAUUCAUUCUCGACGAACCUUUCUCAACCUCAAAAUUUAUUCCUUGGGUGCUGCUGCUUGGCGUUCGAGGCACUGGUCAUAAUCGAAUUGCUGCAGCUCUAGAUCAAUCACUUUCGCAACGAGGUUGCUCUAGUGUCGACUAUAUAAACGUGGACAUGACUGCGCUCGUCGAAAGUGCCGAACGCUAUCAACAACUCGAAGAGCUUAAACCUGAAGAAGCACGACAAACGCGUGAAAUAAAUUUUGUUCGAUCGCUCAAGCUUGAGUUACAACGUCACAUGCCAACUCAUGACAAUUUGAUCGUAAAUGUGACUGCCGGGUUAGGGCCGGAAGACUCACGCAUCCCAAAUCCGACAGUUUUAGAAGAAUGUUUUAAGCAUGGCCUCUUUCCAGCACUCGUCAUUCCUUUGAUAGUGUCCGAGGAAAGAAAUGAACGAACUUUGCUUACUCAAUGGGUUGCCAACUAUCGUCAAGAUGUUGCCUUCACGCGAAAAGAUGGUAUUGGAGUUAAUACUAGCCAAUUUUUAAACGAUUCCAUAAAUUUGGAUGACGCCAGAGAAGAAGAGAGCUCUCGUCUACACGACCGUUUCACCAAUGACCAAGAAGCUUUGGAUGAAGCGAUUACUAAACUUCGAGCUCGAGGCAUCAGAGUGUGCGAUCCAGUGGACGCAACCCAGACUAUGAGACAAAUGGUCAAGCAAGUGAAGACGAUAGUGAAUGAAUUUAUGGCAGGUCAAGAGGCGCUAUUUGAGCGUUGUCAGGUUGUUGACAUGCCGAUGGGAGACGAGGUACUUAAAAUGUUAGCGUCGGGAGAGCUUCUUAUCGGUAAGCACGACUUGGCCUGUCCAGUGACUGGUCGAACAGAUCCUUCAUCGCCUUUACCCAGCAAAGCAGUAGUGUACCGGGACCAACUCUAUUUUCCACGAUCACGUGAGGCUUAUAGUGCUUUUCUCGCAUGCCCAGUCAAAUAUGUAAGAAAAACAAGCCACUCACCAAAACAUCAGUCAACUUGUUGCGUGGUCGGCACUCCCUUUUCAGACACAACGCGAGUGGCUCGAGAGCUUGCAAAAACGCUUAAAACAAUUUACGUAUCUCCCGAAAACGCAAUCGAUUGGGUCAUUCAGUGUCAGUGUGGUUCCAAAUUGUGGUCUCAAAUACUUGAAAUCAAAGAGCAGCAAUGCGAUCCUCUUUAUAGUCCUGACAUCAUCCAUGAAGCUAUAUGCACUCGUUUGCACUCCUCCGAGUGCCAGACUUGUGGUUGGGUUCUUGACGGGUAUCAGCUUAAUCCUCACGAGCUGCAGCGCAGUCUACCAACGUCUAGUGAUAUUGAUGCCGUGUCGCAAAGUAUCAAAGCCGAUGUGCUGUUUGUCUUAGAACGCUCUUUUGCGAGUGUGUGGAACGAGUGCCACACUAAGGUGGACCAGAGCACCCUUCAGGAAGCAUCUGCACAAUGGUACACGUUCCGCUUGGAGCUUAUCGAUAUCUGGACUCGUCGCUUUACUGGCUUUCAUGUUCGGCAACUGGACACCACAAACAGCUCACUCUGGCAUGUGGUCACACAAGCUCAAGAAUUUCUCAAGAGGCAGCAACAAUUGGCGUCAGAGCAUGCCGCUGCGUUGGCUUGUAACCGAGCGGCUCGCUCAAUUGGUGUAGUGCGGACACAUCAAGAGCUACAAGCUCGUCAGCAUUCUGUCUAUCAAACGUUCUGUCCGGUGGAGCUACGUGUGGGGCGAUAUGUUAACUCGUGCCAAUCCAAUCGAGAUCUAUGUGUUGACUUUCAAAAUUUCACCUAUUGGCUGGGAAGCACACAAAAUCUUGAGCAAUUUGUUGCGUGUCCUGAGGCAUAUAUCGGGUGCUUGUCGGAUCAAAGGCUGGAUGAAGGAGAUACCUUACGGUCAACGCGCAAAGAAGUAGAGAAGGUGGCCCAAGCACUCGUGGCAGAAGCUCCAGUCAGCGCUUCCUUUAUAAGCUUGCUCACCGUACCAGAUUGGAUUUUUCCAGAGUUGAAAGGUUACUGCCCAGUCACAUUUAGGUCGCGCGUGGAUGCUAAAGAUUGGUCUGCACUUCACCACGGUAGCAUCUUUUACCGCGCUUCGUACCGCUCAAAAGUCUAUUUCUUUGUCUCACAAGAAGCACGCCACCAAUUCUGCGUCGAGCCAUCAAGAUUUAUAUCGCAAAGCUUGCCAGUUAAAUUACCGCCGCAGGUCACAUUGGCUAAGAACUAUCCGGGUCGACUGGAACAAGAACUAGGAGCUACUCUUAACGAAGUACUGCUAGCGUUGGGAAGUGAGCGUCCCAAAUUUCCGCAAAUGUCUGUACGUGCUUCGGCUUGUGUUUAUCUUGCCCUUUCACUCAAGGCAUUGUAUCAGCAAAAACGUGACCCUAAUAGUUAUGCGUCACAAAAUGAAGAAGAAUAUGAGGAGGAGUAUCAGCAAAGACAAGCAAGGCGAGCUGAACAGCAUCGACGCAAGGCCUUAGCAAAGCGUGACGCUUUUGUGAACGAUUGUAGGCUUGGGGAGAAACUCAAGGCCGCGUCUACACCAUCACAUCGAUCCUGUGGUUCAGGUGCGAUGGGUGCACGCACCGUGCGUGCUGCGCAGGACGCACUAAAUGACAACCAUUUAUCAGGCUCUUUUGACUGUGAAGAUGUUGAGCUGCUACGUCACCGAUUCGACGCUAUUGUUGAUGGCAGGGCUGGUGAGGAGGACAAAGCUUUGUCAGCAGACCCACAUACUGUCCGAAUGCACGCGAGAGAAGCAUUUUUCGAGUACACAAAGGCUUCAGCUGCUGAUUAG